CUGGUCUCAUGCAAUGAUGAUUUCAAUUUUCCACAGUAGAGCAAACUAACAAAGGUGUAAAAGUAGAUAUUUAAUGUGCCUACACUGGGAUGGACCUGCAGUGCUAAGACAUCUAGAUUCCAUGGUAAGAAUCAUGGUACUUUCUGAAGCAAAUUAGCGUGCUUCACCCUUGUAACGGUAUAACCUAUCAAAAUGGCGGGUUGACACGCCGCGUCACAAAUAUCCUUGGCGCUAUCAUCAACACUUUACUAGAGCAUAGAUCAGUAAUUGUUUUCACAAGAAGAUAUUGUCAAAGAGGAUGUUAUAUAAUGACCGUGGUGGUUGGUGACAAUUUUGACAUGACCGCCACACUGAAUGUCAAGAACGACAAAUGAGUUGUUCGAAAGUCAUGACUUGGCGUGGUGUUGUAACCCGCCAUUGCAUCCGAAGAAGCUUGGUCAACUUGGUCUCGCUGCAAGAAGAUUCGAAGAGGGUACGGAGAUGUGCAAGAAGAUGCAGGGACGUUGUGUUAGGGACGGCGGAGGUGUCAGAGGGUGAGUGAGGUGAAGUCUGACAAAGCUAUAAAAAAUUGUGAGAAGUGCUGGGAUGAGCAAAAUUUCGGCGGAGCACGCUCCCGAAUAAUAGAAAUUGCAAGAUGGAACUACAAGUCCAAAAUCUUCAAAUGAAGAUUGUUAUGACUAUCAGUAAAGUAGGUACUAAGGGGAUGACAAAAACCUGUUAGAACACUUCAAAAUCGAUGUAUUUACUUACUGAAAAAGACCUGGCCUUAUUGAGAAAAACAUGAAACUCGGACUGAAGACAUUUAUAAUAUUGAUGAAGCUUGAAGCUUGAAGUCGGAGUCAUGUGUGUCGUCGACAGUGGCAGCGAAACAGAAUUGGCGGACCGGCACGUU